UAUGAAAGCGUCAUAUUUUCUGUAUAGCCUCUUGGUAUAAAACGCAUCAAGUAGAAACAAUAUUGCGGAUAAAACGACUUCAGUACAUUUGGAGAUAAUUUUUGUAAGUGUUUGAGCAAAUUGCUUCCUGUACUGUAUAAAAAAGAUAAUGUUUUAACUAAUGAUAAAAUGAAUUCGUUUUGAAGCAAUAACAAAAUGUUGACCGGCAGGAUGUUGUUUGUGUAUUUACUACUGAUUCGGUCUUCUACUGCUCUAGGCUCAGCAUCAAAUUGCACUGAUAACAAGAAUAUGGACUGCAUAACGUUAGACAAACUGUUUGAUAUAUGCGACGACAUACAUGAUGCAAAGACUGUUUGCAGGAACUUCUGUAAUUUAUGCUCAUUAGUUGAUGGAAAUUGGGCUGAAUGGUCCCCCUGGUCAGUUUGUGACGUCACAUGUGGACAAGGAAAAUAUACAAGAAUCAGAACGUGUACUGAUCCUGCACCAGCGAACCAAGGUUUGGAUUGUGAAGGAAAUGCUACCGAUACAAAACCUUGUGUGAAGCCACUUUGUCCAGUACAUGGAGAAUGGUCAGAUUGGUCUAACUGGGGAUCGUGCCCGAUUACUUGUGGAAUAGGAAUACAGAAACGUUUCAGAAACUGUUCUAAUCCCUACCCUUUAAGAUAUGGGGAACAUUGUUUCGGAAACACGAUAGAUAUGAGAAUUUGUAUCAGAAAAACAUGCGACGACGCCGGAUGGACACAUUGGGACAGCUGGUCUACUUGUAGUCUCACCUGUGGCGGAGGAAUGCAGUCAAGAUCAAGGACAUGCACGAAACCACGGCCAUCUGUUUUUGGUCACAACUGUAUUGGCAAUCCUCGUGAGACGCAAAUAUGCAACAGUAAAAGAUGCCCUCCCAUCGUGUCUGCGUUUUCUGUAGACAAACCUCACACCUACAGCAAAUUCAACGGCAUAGAUAAACUGACAUUCUCCCAUUUCAUUUACCAGCAAGGUGGCGAUUUCAGUUUGGCAACGGGAACAUUCAAGUGCUCUAAGCCUGGAGUCUACCAUUUCAUAGUCACUUUAGUAAAGAAACGAUCAAGCACACGUGUCGACCAAGUAAGCUGUAACAUGUACAAGGAUAGGUCUCUCGUUAUUAUUAUUCGGGUCGACCCAACCGAUGAUGACACAGAUAAGGGAAGUGCUGCUAUAACGGAAUCUGUUAUUAUCCACUUGAACAAGGGAGACACAGUAUUCUUGUCUGAUUGCAAGCAUCCACCGAGUACAUAUAUGGAAUACUGGACCUCAUUUACUGGAUUCCUCUUGUAUCCGGACAGUUAAAUGCACAUACAUUUUAUACUAUGAAAUAGACAAUACUGCGGUGACAAAAGCACACCAUUAUAUAAUUCUGUGUUUAUAUGAUCAUAACUUAUAUACAUGUAUCUGGAUUAAUCCAUUGACUAAAACUAAUACUGAAAUCAACUUACAUGUUGUGUUUCAGACUUAAGUGUCAGCGUCACUGGCAAGAGACCAGAAUAAAAGCUAAUAUACAUGUUAAUGCUCUACCCCUAGGUAUACUAUAAGAAAUAUGUUCAUAAAUAUCCUAACCCAAUUUAAUCGCAUAUUUCUCAAAUAAAACACGCAGUUCAGUAAGUGUGUGCUAUGGAUAAUUAGCAAGCGGUAAAUUUAUCUUCUAUUGUGCAACGGUCACAUUCCUUCAAUGUUCUUAUCACUUACAAACAACGCAAAGUUUAUAGUUUCAUCAACGUUACAGAAAAAAAUGCAUUAAUUACGCGAAUAACAUUCCGAUCUAGAUUACAAAAUUAUUCUAAUUCAAUUUGGCUAAUGUUAAAAGUGUGUCAGUAGACGUUUAACUACACGUGAACGCUAAAAUGUGUAUUUGAAGAAAUAAUGUGCAAUAUGAAUUAGAUAAACAAUACAACUUGUGGCCAAUGUAUGACUUCAAAUUCAAAAUCAGAUGUAAAAUGAAUUUCAUUCAUCAGUUCGACUUUUAUUGUAUAAAUGUGAAUAUUUUUCUUUUGAUUUUAUCUGUUAACAUUUUGUCUUACAUGAGCAGACCGGAUGAUCAUGAGGGAUGUUCACGAAAGUUUUGUCUGCAGCGUUGACGAAAACAUAAAUUAUGUGGAGUAGCUCUGCAAUAUGGAAAGAAUGAGACAAUGUGACUGGUGCACGACGGAAGAAAAAAUACUGCUUGUUCAAUAUAUUUGCUACCCCAUUCAUCGAACUGCGGGUUUUAAGUGAUAAAUGUACUAUUGAAAUGGGUAAGGGUUGCACAUAGUACGGUUAUACAGGCAAGUGACCAGGUGGGGGCCAGGGCCCCACCCAGCUGGCUGGCUAGUUACGAUUUUUAUUACAAUGGGCCCCUCAACAAAUUUAUACACCAGCGUAAUUGGCUUGAUUUGACAGCAAUACACAGGCUCAAGAGCCAUAAAACCGUGUCCGGUAAUGGAAAUUAGUCCCAGGCAUGUUACAGGUAAAAGUUUAUCUGUACAUGCUUCAUUGAUCGCUUGCUUUUUAAACGCGGUACUUGAUUGGGUAGUCACCGUAGUGAGUAGUUUUUCAUUAUAUUUGCUUAGAACAGAAGAAAUGCAGAAAAAGUUCAAAAAAUAUUCAGUUUGUGUUUUUAUUUAUUUUAUUAUUAAUACUUAUUUGUGAACUUAGUAAAUCAUUUUUCUACAAAUCAUGUCAUUUUGUAUAUCAAUUUUUAGCAGUUUUUGAUAACUUUCUUUUUAGUGAAAUUACACAUAUUGUUUUUUUUUAUGAUAAAUAAAGUUGAUUUUCAAACCACU